GCCGACGCGUCCAGAGACACCUCCAUGGGGCGAACGAACGGCUCGAUGUGGGUUUGUGUGGCCGGUGUUCGCCGAUAAAAAGGGGCCGCGCUCGGGAGCUUGACCGCACUGCACACUACUAACACUCUCCACUCUCCCACGCCACGCCGACUAGCUUCCUCCGUUCUCCUCCUUUGCUUGCCCGGACCUCGGCGAGGCGUCGGCGAGAGAGCUCGACCUCAAGCUCCCUUCCGCUGCUGCAAUGGCGGCCCCUCUGGUGCUCAUCCUCUUGGUCGCCAUGUUCACCGGCUCAGAUGCGAUGUACUGCGUGUGCAAGUCGGACGCGAACCCGGUGGCGAUGCAGAAGGCCAUCGACUACGCGUGCGGCAAGGGCGCCGACUGCACCCAGAUCACCUCCAGCGGGCCCUGCUUCCAGCCCUCCUCCGUCGUCGCCCACUGCUCCUACGCCUGCAACAGCUACUACCAGAAGAACGCCGGCAUGGGCGCCACCUGCGACUUCAUGGGCGUCGCCACUCUCACCGGCGCCGACCCCAGCGCCGGAUCCUGCAAGUACCCCGCCAGCACAAGCGGCGUAGGCACCGGAGCAGGCACCGGCGGCAUGGGAACCGGCGGCACAGGGACAGGUACCGGCGGCAUGGGAACCGGUACAGGAACCAGCACCGGAGCGGGCACGGGCGUCGGCACCGGCACCAGCACCGGCGGCAUGGGGAGCAUGACCCCGCCGGGCGCGACCAGCACCGGGAUGCCGGGAAGCCCCUUCGGCGGCGGCGCGUACGGCCCAUCCAUGAACCAGGACUACAGCGCAGCCGUGGUCGGUCGCCGCGUGGCCGCCGCGGGGCUCCUCGUGGCGGCAGCCGCGCCGCUCCUCCUCCACUUCAUCUGAUGCGCUGGUGACCACUGGUUGGCUGGCGGAAAGGCGCGUCGGCAAUGCUGGCGGGUGCGACGCCGGAUUCGGUGGGCGCGGCCGCCGCUUUUGUGCCCGUUGGCUCGCUCGCCUGCCUUUCCGGCGUCGUUUUGAUGUUCGAUCGGACGUACCGGUAGCCUAGUGUCUGUCUGUCUGUCCAUGAGUACUACUCUUAUUAAGCUGACCACCCCAUGUGGUGUUUGUACCGGUGCGGGUCGUGGUAGAGUUGAUGAGAUCUGGUAGGGAAUUCUUUCUUCCUUCUCGUAGCGGUGACGGUGUUCCGAGACAUAUAAUUAUGUGUUGUCGUUCCAACUUCGUCUGUUUCCAUGCCA